ACCCUGUGCUUUUUCCAUAUACUUCGGUAAUGGAGCGGUUCCAGAUGGUCGUCGGUCAACUUUUCCAUCCCCAGCCUCCCUGCUGCAGGCGCCGGUGAAUGGAUGGACCGAGCUCGGACUCGAUUCUUUUUACCGGCAGGUCAAUUGGUACCGACAAGCCCACACCAGAAAUGUUCAGGGUGUAAUCUGCAAACAAAAAGACAAGACAUGUCCUUUCCUUAAUCCCUACUCGCUUCCAGACUGCCCCCUCCUCGAGCCCUCGCCCGCGUUCGCCCCCGGCUGGGAUCACCGCGCGUUUGCCGGCGCCAUGGCCGUCGCAGUCGCCGUCGCCAGCCAAAAUCCACUAGCAGCGCGUAACCUCCUGCCGAUCUAGACGGGGGAUUUCUUCUCGCCCUUUUCCUCGCCUUGCGGCUGCGGAAUACCGGGGCCGGCCUGGAUUUGCUCGAGAGUGAGAGGAAGGCGUAACAGUGUGAAGGAGGCGCGGGGGACAAUAUGGCUGCGGAAAUGGUGAAAGCGGCGACGAGCGACAAGCUCAAGGAGAUGGAUUGGGCAAAGAACAUCGAAAUCUGCGAGCUCGUGGCGCAGGAUCCUGGGAAAGCGAAGGAUGUGAUCAAGUCUGUAAAGAAGUGUAUAGGGAGCAGGAGCAAGACCACUCAACUCUUUGCUGUUAUGCUAUUGGAGAUGCUUCUGAAUAAUUGCGGAGAGCCUGUCCAUAGGCAGGUCAUUGAUAAUGGCCUUCUUCCAAUACUUGUGAAGAUAGUGAAGAAAAAGACGGAUUUACCAGUUCGAGAAAAAAUAUUUCUUCUGUUAGAUGCAACACAAACAUCCCUUGGUGGAGCUAAAGCAAGGUUCCCUCAGUACUAUGAGGCAUACUAUGAGUUGGUGUCUGCUGGUGUGCAAUUUUCAAAUCGGCCAAAUGUUCUUGUCACACGAGCAGAAGUGCCAGUCCCAGAAACGAGAACAGAACCAAAUAAUGAAAGUUUAUCGACCCGUUUGACUGAAGCUCAACAGGAAGUGCACACUCAGCCUGUUCCUGAUGCAAGUAUAGUCCAGAAAGCCUCUAGUGUCAUGGAAGUAUUGAGGGAUGUGCUUAAUUCUAUGGAUCCUAGGCACCCUGAGGGAGCAACGGAUGAAUUUGUGUUGGAUCUUGUCGAGCAAUGUACGUUUCAGAAGCAACGAAUAAUGCACCUUGUUAUGACAUCAAGGGAUGAAACACUGGUAUCACAAGCUAUAGAGCUAAAUGAAGAGCUACAUAAGGUUCUCGUCCGGCAUGACGCGUUGCUUUCAGUUCAUCCGACAACAGCAGUAGCUUCUAAUAUAAAGGAAGAAGAGGAGGAAGAGGAUGCUGAAAGUCUCUAUCGGAGACUGCGGAAGGGGAAGGCGCUGUCGCAGGACUACACAGAUGACCUGGUGCCGUCGUUCCGAUCCAUGCCCGAGGACAAGCUGCGGCGGCCGCUGACCAUCCAAUCGCCUCACCCCGACAAGAGACUGGGUGCGCUGAACAUCCGCUCGCCGGACCGCGAGGAACCGAGACUUGAUCCUGCUCCGCUGAUCCCGCCGCCGCCCGCAAAGCACGCCGAGAGGGAGAGGUUCUUCCGAGAGAAGAGCAUCGACGGUGUGGCCAGCCUUCCGGGCCACAUGAGGGGCCUGUCGCAGCACAGCCGGGACGGCAGCAGCUCGUGUAGCGGCAGCACUGAUUACGGCGACUGAAAGGGGAGGGGUGAGCAGCAGCAGCAGUACAUAUAGGGUUCCCCUUCUUGGGGCUGGUCUCACACUUGGUCAGGCCAGGCAGGCGAUACAUUGGUGUUGUGCCGGAGUUUGGAUCGUCGGCGUCUCCUUCAUGCUGACCUGUGUACACUUGUCUUGGUAGCAUUUUGUUCAUUUUUCAUAUUUUCCCUUUGGCUGAUAUGACAUUACUGGGAGGCCGUUGUGUUGGUGUGGCGUUGUGGGUUCUUUCCCUUUGAGGUCUCUAUAGAUGAUUGUGAUCUACUGCAUGGGGGUAUGCUUGGGUCUGAAGCAUUGCUGUGACUUUACCCUUUUGGC